GAGACCUAAAGCUGUUUAGGGGUAAGGUUCUAGGCCACACAUUAUGAUUGUUCAGUGCUCUCUAGUGAAAGGUCCACAUUUGCACUUUGGUUGCACAGAUCUUAAAACCUGUUUUUGUCUUUCUUCAAAGAACCUUAUUAGCAGAAUUUUUCUCUAAGUCCUACACUAUUUCUUAUUAACAGGACAAUGUAUUCCUAAGCCUGAGUUGAUCUUCAAAUUGGAACAGGGAGCAGAGCCAUGGACAGCAGAGGAAACUGCAAACCAGAGUCUGCCAGGUUUCUACAAUGUGGAUGGCAACCUCACUGAACACCAAGAAACAUACUCAGGGAGCAAAUCUUGUAAAUGCCUUGAAAGUCAAAAAACCUUUACUAGCCAAUCAGACCUUCCAGUUCAUCCAGGGACACAUAACCAGAGGAAAGCCCAUAAAAAUGGAGUCAGACAUCUCACAAGCCUUCCAGAAAGAACUCACCUGCUUCAUCUGCCUGAGCUGCCUGACAGACCCAGUCACCAUAACCUGUGGCCACAGCUUCUGUCGAGCCUGCCUCCACCUUUCCUGGGAAGACAUCCAACCUCCUGUCCAAUGCCCUAAGUGUAAGGAACCAUUACAGAAGAAGGACUUGAGAACCAACAUUGUUUUGAAGAAGCUGGUGUCCAUUGUCAGACAAGCCAGCCUCAUGAAGGACCUGAGCUCUGAGGAGCAAAAGUGUGUGACCCACGAGGAUACUAAGAGGAUCUUCUGUGCUGAGAACAGGAUCUUUCUCUGUCCACUCUGCUCAAACUCCCAUGAGCACAGAGGACACAGACACUGUCCCAUUGAAGCAGCUGCUGAGGAUCAAAUGGAUAAACUUUUGAAGCAAAUGACAUCUUUAUGGGAGAAGGUCCAAGAAAAUCAAGAGAAUUUAGAAGCAGAGAACAAAAUGAGAAUCCUUUGGACGGACUACCUGACUUUUCGGGAAGAAAUGAUCAGGACAGAGUAUAGGAAACUGCAUCCAUUCCUCUGUGAAGAGGAAGAGAAACACAUUGAGUCUAUGAGAAACGAAGGCCAAUGUGUUUUAGAGAAACUCAGGACACGUGAAGCCAUGAUGGUCCAAAAGAGCAAAGAACUAAGAGAAAUGUAUCAGGAGCUGCUGGCAAUGUCCCAGGAGCCAUAUGUGGUCCUGCUGCAGGGUUUGGACGAUAUGUUCAGAAGGAGUGAGUCAAUGCAGCUGAGCAUGCCGCAGGCUAUUCAGCCAGAACUCAAUGCCCUACCCAUCACUGGACUGACUGAAAGUUACAACCAGUUCCAAGUGUCCAUUUUCUUUGAUAACGUAACCAUGUUGCAUUACAACAUGAACCUAUUUAAUGCCAUGAGAAGAUUGAGCUUCAGACCUCACCAUAAAGAUACAACUACAGAUUUUGUUGGAUGCUAUUUGGCUUCCUGGGGAUCACAAAGCUUCAUCUCAGGGAAAUAUUACUGGGAGAUUGAUUUGAAGGACUCUUGGGACUGGGCUGUAGGGGUCUGCAAGAAUUCCUACUUAAGGAAUAGAGACCAACUGAUUGAAUCUGAGGGUGAAUUUCUUCUUGUGUGUGUGAAGGAGGGUAAUCAUUACAGUCUCCUCACCACAUGCCCAGUAUUUCAGCACUAUAUAGAGAAGCCACUGGGCCGAGUUGGUGUGUUCCUUGAUUGUGAGGAUGGAUGUUUAAGUUUUGUGAAUGUUGCGAAGAGUUCCCUCAUAUACCGGUACCCUCCUGGCACCUUCAAUUACCCUAUCUUCCCUUUCUUCUCCAGUGGGGAAAUUGCAAUCCAGCACCAUAUUGUUUUUUAA